AACUGGACUAUUUGUGUCAGGAUUAUCUAGUAGGUGUCCUGCGAAAUUUUAACUGUGGUCGGAUACCGUUAAAUUGGUUGGAUGCAAAUUUUCAGAAUUUAAGUGAGGACGCCUCAGAGGAUCAAGUUAAAAAGUAUGCACGGGCAUGCAUACUGCAGCUGAUAGGAGGGUUGCUGAUGCCGAAAAAAUCGCGCAACCAAGUUCACUGUAUGUGGUUGCGGCAUCUUGGCGAUUUUUAUCUGGCCGGAUCACUGAGUUAGGGCUCGAUAGUUUUGGCAUUCCUGUAUAGGAAAAUGUGUCGAGCGACUGACUACAGGAAAAAUGCUAUCGGCGGAUGUUUCCUUCUGCUGCAGUCUUGGGCAUGAUAUCGCUUGCCCUUUUUAUAUCUUGUUGUGAAGAAGCCGUUCGUAUUCCUGCUAAUAUUGAGGAAAAAUCAUCGAAUCUACUUGAUGAAUUAGAAAUAAUCAGGUUACUAAUCGAUCAGAAGGUUGACACAAAUUUUGAAUGGGCUCCUUAUUGUAAGGAUGAUAUGAGGAUGUGCAUCCCACCUGAGUUAAGGGGCCCGUUUGAUGUUUGGAUGGCGGUGGUCCCUCUGAUUUGUUAUGCGAUUGUCGAGUGGCACCUCACUGAUCGCUUGCUCCGGUAAUUUGGUUUUUUACAACCAAUUCUGGAAGCACCUAGAAAUAUGGACUAAUUGUAUAACACAGAUCAACGAGGCAAGACAGAUAUAGAUUGGCUAGUGAAACAUUAUGAGUGAGUCUUGAUAUGGGAAGAUCGACAUCGGCGCAUUCCCCAUAGAGAACCCAUUUACGUUGACGAUUUGACGGUUGCAGAUGGGUAUUAUGAGUGGUUCAAUAGUAAUGGGAUACCGUUUCUGUUUUUCGAGGAUGCACGAGGAGGGAGCAUUCAUCGACGCCGAUAGAGACGUGCACCGUCACAACCCCAUAAUCCCCCAACUCGUGGACGGAGAGUAGGUGCUUCCGGUUCGUCUUCAGCUACACCACCAGAACCUUCACAACAAUCACCAUCUGUAACGACGUACACUUCGCAACCAUAUCUGAUGCUGCCACUGCCUUUCCCUUACCAGUUGCCACCGCCUCCACCGUCACAGAGUUAUGUGACCCCUCCUAGAGGAUAUUAUGGUUUUAUAUUUGUAGAUCUGACUUAGGGUUCAUAUACUGGUUAUUUGGCGGGUGCAGCCUCACCACCGAUGGUCGCCGCACAGACAUCUCUUGUACAGUUUUCUCACUCAUCGAUGUAUGUGUUUUCUGAGUUUUCCUAGUUUUCUAUGAGCGGUGGGAUAGUCAGUCAUACACCUCCAGGGUCCUUAUUCUACAGAGGUGCUACACCGUCAUCAGUUUCUCAUAAACAAAAUGUAUAUACUCGUGAUGACGAAGACAAUGAUGAUGGUGGUGAUGAUGAUGACAGUGAGGAGUAAGAACCAGUUAUAUGAAGAACUCUUCCUCGAGACAGACAACCACCGCACUACAGAACACAU